UGGAUAAUAAAGCUCUCCGUCUCAUGCUACUGGAGUAUCUGGUGUCGGAUGAUGAGGACUCAAUGGAUGAUGAUGACGAAGAAGACCAUGCUGUACUCGCCGCCUCCGAAUCAAUUGUGUUAUACUCUCAAUCACUAUACGACAAGACACCAUACCACACUUCUGUGCUGUCAGGCCAAGGCUGGAUCCAAGAGCUGAUCAAUGGACAUCUGGGUAGGAUCAAAACGAGCAGGCCAUACCAAUUCCAAACAUGUCACCUUACAGGAGAAGCUGGGUGUCUUCCUGUAUAUGUGCGUCACAGGGCUCACUCUCAAGCACGUUGGCGAGCGUUUCCAGUGUGCAAGUGACACCCUUUCAAAGUAUUUCAAGGAGAUUUUAUUCGCAUUUUCAUCAGCACCUAUAUACACUUCAAUGAUUCCAUUCCACC